UCUUAACCACUUCCCCCCUCCCCCCUCUCUCGCUCUUUCUCUCUCUCUCUCUCUGUCUUCUCUCAAGUAGAAUGAGAAACAGAAAACAGAAAAACAAAGAAAACAGAAGCUAGCAAAGCUAUAGAUCAUCUCUUCUCCCUGCAGAUUUUAAAAUAGCUCAAAAACAAAGUUUGAAAAAUCAUUCGGAACGGAUAUUGUCUCCAACCGAGCAGGCAGCUGCGGUCGGCUGGUCUUAUGGUUACCCCCUUCAACUAAUUUGUGCCACGGGGUAAAUUAAUAGGGUUGCAUUCGAGGGAUCAUUUGAGUCUAGGAAUCGCCGAGGUGGAGGGCUUGCAGAGUCAGAAGGAAGGAGAGCAUACGUAAGAGGGAGCGGAAGGGGAAGAGUAGAUUAUAUUAAACAAAGAUGGAUAGCAAUUCGUCUAAGAUCGUGUGCUAUGCACCGACUAUGAUCACUACGAAUGGUAUAUGGCAGGGGGAUAACCCGCUGGAUUACUCGCUUCCUCUCUUCAUCCUGCAGCUGACGUUGGUGGUGAUCACGACUCGCGCCAUGGUUUACAUCCUCAAGCCGUUGAAGCAACCUCGAGUUGUCUCUGAGAUAUUGGGAGGCAUACUAUUGGGUCCAUCAGUGCUUGGACGGAACAAAAAGUUUGCAGAUUCGAUCUUUCCAUUACGAAGUGUUAUGGUCCUCGAGACUAUGGCAAAUGUGGGCCUCCUCUACUUCCUGUUCCUCGUCGGGGUCGAGAUGGACAUGGGUGUGAUCAGACGGACUGGGAGGAAAGCCCUGUCAAUUGCCAUUGCUGGAAUGAUCUUGCCCUUCAUUGUCGGGAUAGGCUUCUCGUUCCUCCUGCACAAGAGUGAUGACUCCAUGACCCAGGGGACCUACAUCCUAUUUCUCGGGGUUGCCCUCUCCGUGACCGCAUUUCCUGUCCUUGCCAGGAUCCUUGCGGAGCUCAAGCUUAUCAAUACGGAGCUUGGGAAGAUUGCGAUGUCCUCUGCCUUGAUCAAUGACAUGUGCGCAUGGAUCCUACUAGCCUUGGCCAUCGCUUUGGCCGAGAACGAGAAUGCUUCCUUGGCAUCCCUCUGGGUCGUGCUAGCAUCGAUAGGUUUUGUCCUGGUGUGCAUUUUCGUGGUCCGCCCAGUAAUCUCCUGGAUGAUCAGGAGGACCCCCGAAGGGGAGACCUUCAGUGAGUUCUACAUCUGUCUCAUCCUCACUGGGGUCAUGAUCGCCGGCUUCGUGACCGACGCGAUCGGGACCCACUCUGUGUUUGGGGCAUUCGUGUUCGGCCUUGUUAUCCCGAAUGGACCGCUGGGGGUCACCCUCAUAGAGAAGCUUGAGGACUUUGUCUCUGGGCUUCUCCUUCCUCUGUACUUCGCCAUCAGCGGGCUCCGCACCAAUCUCGGGAAGAUCGUUGGGCUCCACAACUGGGGUAUGUUGGUCCUCGUGAUAUUCCUUGGCGCGGCGGGGAAAGUCGCUGGGACCCUCAUUGUGACAGUAAUUUACCAGAUGCCGGUGCGCGAAGGGUUCACGCUCGGACUGCUCAUGAACACCAAGGGCCUCGUGGAAAUGAUCAUUCUCAAUGUCGGAAAGGACCAAAAGGUCCUGGAUGACUCAACAUUCGCAACUAUGGUGAUUGUUGCCGUGAUUGUCACCGGAAUAAUCACGCCGAUCGUGUCAGUGAUUUACAGGCCUGGGAGGAGGUUCAUACCGUACAAAAAGCGAACGAUCCAAAGAUUAAGGGGUGAGGGGGAGCUACGAAUUCUAGUGUGCAUCCACACCCCUCGAAAUGUCCCUACCAUCAUCCACCUUCUCGAGGCCUCUAACCCUACCAAGAAGUCUCCGAUAGGCAUCUAUGUGCUCCACCUGGUUGAGCUCACGGGCAGGGCCUCUGCCAUGCUCAUUGUUCACAAUACCAGGAAAUCAGGACGGCCUGCACUUAACCGAACCCAGGCCCAGUCGGACCAUAUCAUCAAUGCCUUCGAGAACUAUGAACAUCACGCUGGCAAUGUUACUGUCCAGCCCCUCACAGCCAUCUCCCCCUACUCGACGAUGCACGAGGAUAUCUGCAACUUAGCCGAGGACAAGCGUGCUGCCUUCAUAAUCAUCCCUUUCCACAAGCAGCAGACGGUUGAUGGGGGGAUGGAAGCGACCAAUCCCGCUUUCCGUACCGUGAACAUGAACGUUCUGGCGAAUGCUCCUUGUUCCAUAGGGAUCCUCGUGGACAGGGGGCUCAGUGGGUCCGCGCGCUUGGCCAAUCAGGUGUCUCACCACGUAGCGGUGCUCUUCUUUGGCGGGCCUGAUGAUCGGGAGGCACUAGCCUAUGCUUGGAGGAUGGCUGAGCACACUGGUAUCAGCCUCACUGUGAUGAGGUUCGUCCCUGGCGAUGAUGUUCUGGAUUCGGUCUCAGUUACGGGACCUGAAAUGCCUGAGCCCGGGGACACGAGGGUGUUGACAGUAGCGGUGGACAAUGAGAAGGAGAAGCAUCUAGACGAUGAGUACAUAAAUGAGUUCAGGAUGAGGAAUGCAAGUGACGAGACAGUCAUGUACAUCGAGAAGGUCGUGAACAAUGGGGAGGAGACGGUUGCUGCUAUCAGGUCCAUCGACCAUGCACACGAUCUCUUCAUUGUAGGGAGAGGGCAGGGGAUGAUCUCGCCCCUCACAGCAGGGCUCACGGACUGGAGCGAGUGCCCCGAGCUUGGGGCAAUUGGAGACUUGUUGGCCUCGUCGGACUUUGCUGCCACGGUAUCUGUAUUAGUGGUCCAGCAGUAUAUCGGGGCAGGCCAACAGAAUGACCCCAUUGGGAUGCCCGAUAGCCCAAGGCAGUCCAAUGAUCAGUUCAGCAAUAUGCAGCAAAAGAAUUGGCGGCAACAGCAAGGGAAGCCAUUUAGCCCAUAAUUUUGCGGAGAUGGAGAAGAAGUGCAUGAAUUUAUGCAUCGAAAUUGCAGAGGAAGCUGAUCCAAAUUGAAAUGGGAAGAAGCAAUAGAAUAGAGAGAUGCUCGACAUUGCUUCUGUCGCUGUAAAGACUAACGACAAUGAGAUAGCGGAAAAAUGAGUUAGAUCUCUGAGUGUGAUAGGGAAAAUCGAAAGAAAGAAAGAAAGAUUUGGUUCCCGGUCUGCAACUAGGUUGGUGUAUUGUGUAGGUUCUGAUGCUGUUUGAUUGUUACAAUUGAAGAACAUAAUUUCUUUGAACUACUCUUUCAUUUC